CCGGCCUUGCCGAACCGCAGCCCGCGGGCGGCGAGAGGCGGCAGAGCCCGGGCAGCGGCCGUCGCAACCGUUGCAGCCCUCUCGGCCGCUCCCCGCCCCCGGCCGCCUUGGGCGAGCCCAUGGUGCCGGACAGCGCGACCCGCAGCCGCCGCCGCGCCCGCCUGCCCGGCGCGGAGCUCAGCUCGGCGCGGAGCAGAGGAGGGGCCGAUUAGCAGCCGCGGAGGAGGAGCGGGGGUAUGCCGGAGAGACCCAAAGCCGGCUGGGGAAGCAGCCCACGGCUCGUCCCGGGAUGGGAGCGCCGCGCCGGGUCCGCCUGAUGGUGCUGCCGCGGGUGCUCUGGUGCUCCGUCCCACUCUUCUUCCUGCUGCUGCCCGCGGCGGAGCCUAUCUGUCCUGAGCCAUGCGACUGCCAGCAGCACCAGCACCUCCUCUGCACCAACCGAGGCCUGCGCUCGGUGCCCAAGGCUGUCGAGCCCCAGGAUGUCCUCACCUACAGCCUCGGGGGCAACUUCAUUGUCAACAUCUCUGCCUUCGACUUCCACCGCCUGGCAAGGCUCCAGCGCCUGGACCUGCAGUACAACCAGAUCCGCUCUCUGCAUCCCAAGGCCUUUGAAUGCCUGGGUCGGCUGGAGGAGCUCUACCUGGGCAACAACCUGCUGCCAGCGCUGGCCCCUGGCACCCUCAGCACCCUGGCCAAGCUGCGAAUCCUCUAUGUUAACGCCAAUGAGAUCGGCCGCCUUAGCGCUGCCUCCUUCUCUGGCCUCAGCAGCCUUGUCAAGUUGCGACUGGAUGGCAACGAGCUGGGCUCGCUGGGCGAUUCCACUUUCUCAGGGCUGACGAACUUACUCUACCUGCAUCUGGAGUCCAACCGCAUCCGCUGGCUGAGCCGCGGGGCAUUCAAUGGCCUGGCUAAGCUGCGCUUCCUAGACCUCUCAGGGAACCAGCAGAGCUCCCUUCGUCACCCAGACAUCUUCGGUCCACUGCGCUCCCUGCACACCCUGCUGCUGGCCAGCAACAGCCUGCAGCACCUGACAGGAGGGCUCUUCCACCACCUGCCCAGCUUGGCGAAGCUCUCGCUCAGUGGCAACCGCCUGGCUCACCUGGCCCCGAAUGCCUUCACUGGGCUGGGUUCGCUGAAGGAGCUGCGCCUGGAGGGAAACAUGCUGAGCCACCUGCCCGCUGCCUUGCUGGAGCCACUGAGCAGCCUGGAGGUGCUGGAUCUGAGCCGCAAUGUGCUGACGACCCUGCACCCCACCACCUUCGGUCGCCUCGGCCACCUGCGCGAGCUGAGCCUGCGAGACAACUCGCUGGCCACCCUCCCCGGCGAGCUCUUUGCCUCCAGCCCGGCUCUCUACCGCCUGGAGCUGGAGGGCAACGCCUGGAGCUGCGACUGCCGCCUGCGCGGCCUCAAGCACUGGCUGGGGUCCUGGCACUCCCAGGGCCGCCUGCUCACCGUCUUCGUGCAGUGCCGCCUGCCGCCCGCCCUGGCCGGCAAGUAUCUAGACUACCUGCAGGACGCCCAGCUGCCGCCGCCGUCAGACGGCGGCUCCUGCCUCGACGCCGCCUCUUUCUCCUCCGCGCCCCCGCCGCCGCUAGCCGAGGAGCAGCGCCGGGCGCCGCUCGCCGCCGAGGGGCUCGGCAGCAACAGCAGCGGCGGCGGCGCGGCGUUUCCCCACGGGCCUCCGGGGCCGCCGCCGCCGACGGCCUCCUCCGCCCGCCCGCUGGGGGCGCCCGAGGGCGCGGCGGAGGCGGCCAGCCCCACGCCGCUGCCGCCCGCCCGCCCGCCCGCCUCCGGCCCGGCGCCGCCCAGUGCGCCCUGGCCCCGGCGAGCGGGACAGCCCCGCGCGGCGCCGGCCGCCGGCGUCCCGCCGCUGGUGUCCGAUCCGUGCGACUUCAACAAGCUGUUUCUCUGCAACCUGUCGGUGGAGGCGGUGGGCUCCAGCUCGGUGACGGUGCGUUGGGCCGUGCGGCCUCACCGCAGCCCCCGCCUGUUGGGCCCGGCGCGGUUCCGCCUUCUCUUCGACCGCUUCGGCGCCGCUGUCAAAUUCCAACGCUUCGUGUACCUGCCGGAGCGCGGGGAGCCGGCCGCCACGCUGCGGGAGCUCCGCCCGGACACUCCCUACCUCGUCUGCGUCGAAGGCGUCCUCGGCGGCCGCGUGUGCCCGGUGGCGCCGCGGGACCACUGCGCGGGGCUGGUCACCCUGCCCGAGGACGGCGCGGUGGCGGCGGGCGGGCCCCGCGGCCCUGACCAGCAGCUCCUCACCCUGGUGCUGCUGGCUGUCAAUGCCCUGCUGCUCUUCGCGGCGCUGGCCGCCUGGGCCUCCCGCCUGCUGCGCAAGAAGGUGUUGGGGCGGCGGCGCCGGAAGGCGGCUCCCGUCCACGUCCGGCAGCUCUACUCCACCCGGCGGCCCCUCCGCUCCAUGGGCACUGGUGUCUCUGCCGACUUCUCUGGCUUCCAGUCCCACCGGCCACCCCGCGGUGCCGCCUGUGCCCUUAGCGAGGCCGACCUCAUCGAGUUCCCCUGUGAGCGCUUUAUGGAGAGUGGCGGCAGCACCCGCCAUGCUGAUGAGCACCUGCUGCAGCGGUUCGCUGACUGAGCCCACCGAACUGCAGCAGCUGGGCAGCACUGCCACGUGAGAGUGGGAGCUGUAGCCAGCACAGCGAGGAGAGGCGGCCUGUGGUCUGCGAGGGUUUGGGGUGAGCCUCACAGGGUCACGGCCUCCGAGGGGGAAGCUGUAGCGCAGUCACUGCCUUCCACGGGCCUGAUUGCAGGCCGGGACUGAUGCCAUCUGUGAGAUGCACUUAAUCGGUCGUGUGUGCCAGGCGGUUACCACUUUCUCAGAAAUCAUUGCUAACCCAAGCAAAAGCCUUGACUGUAGUGGCAACAGUUCCAUGCCAUGAGGAGAACAAAACAAUGGGAGCUACUGCAAACAGCAGCUGGUGCCUCCCUAAUGUGGACACAGAGCAGUAAAUUUGAGUGUGGUAUUUUACAGGUGGUUUUCUUGGAUCAGAGUUGGUAGCAACAAUUGCAGUGAGCAGCCUGGGCCUGUCCGAGGGCACUUUGACAGGACUUGCUGAGGCACCAGCCCUUCCUAAUUAAAAAAUUUGGACUAGGGGUCAUCUUUUGACAUUACUGUUAAAACGUAUACAAGCUAUGAGUCAUCUGGAGGGCUGAGAAAUGUCUGCUUUGUGCUGGACAGUUUAAAGGCUGUGCCAUCUUAAGCCAAAUGUGAGGCGAUUUAAUGUGCAUUAGUGUGUUUUCAUAAUUUUUUGUAAACAGGAAAGAAUAAUGCAGCUGGUUAGUUUUACAGGAACGUGUUACUCACACCACUAGGAAAAACUAACAGAGUUUUGUAAUAUGUUUACAAAUGAUCUAUUUUUAAAUUGUUUUUGAAUAAAUACGCUUGGUACUUGGACACAUUAAUGUGUGCUGCAGUUGUCUGGGUCGUGAUGGUCGGCACAUAACUGACCCUCAUAUAAUCCAUCUUAAUUUCUAAAUGGGUGGAUGCAGAGGUGAACUGUUGAUGGAGAAAUAGUAUUGGUGCCUUUCUUCAGAAAAAAUAGAAUAUUUCAAGAAUGUGAAACAAUCUUUAUCCUAACAGGCAAUUCUCUCAUAGCCUACUAAAGCUAGAAGUUUUGUGUACCUCACUGUGAAAUAAAACAUUUUUGUAUAUUAAUCUAGAUUUUGUGUUUUAUAUAGCUGCUUGAGUAAUGCUAAAGUUGAACCCUUAUGCAGUAGUAUGUGUUGUUGGAGUUGUUUUUGUUUUGGUUUGCUUUUUUUUUUAAUCUGCAUUUUGCUUUUGGUUUUAGAGCAAUGCUAAUCAUUUUAUGAUCAGUUGCUCUCCACAUCCUCUGUCUCUUACUUUCCUAAAUAUUUACAGAAUGUGAUUCUGUUGAUAUGAAAUACGGUGGUUUCGUUUACAUUAAUAAUUCUUUCUGUGUGGUCUGGAAAGGAGCUAAUUAAGAGUCCAAACUGGGAUUACACUUUAAAUGCAAAUAUUUUAGAUGGAGUUUGGUAAAUUGUUGAGACCAUUGAUACUAUUUGUGCUCCUUUGAAUUUGAUGUACAACCUCAGAUGAACUCCUGUGGAACUUAAUGGCCUGAAGGAAGUGUUAGUGAACGAUGGAGGCAUUCCUUUCAAUAUCAUGCAUUCAUUGCUGUCCUGAGGUGCUGGUGACUACAAAUUGUUUAUUACCAUAAUUGCAAGUAAGCUAUUUGGAUUUCUUUUUUUCAGAUGAACAAGUGUUUACAAAAGAUACCAUGGUAACUGGUACUAUCAAUUGGAGUUCAGUAACUGAAUGGAGAGAAAAGACUUUGUGUUCUGAGGGAAUUUUGUUCAAUCCUUAAAUUCGAAUAAGAGGAAAGGAAAUAGAGAUCUUUUCCUUAAUCUUUUCCCUUUUAAGUGGAGAAAAUGAAGUCUUAAUUCUUGAGUCAGUAGCAACAAGCUCUUUGGGAUUUCAUUUGACAGGUGGUAGUUUUCCUGAAUAUCAGGGGCCAAAUUCAGUUGUCAGUGUAUAGAUUAAAAUUCAUAACACUUAUAGACACAUGUUGAGUGGAAUUAAAACAGAAGGAAUUCAGGAUCAGGUUUUAAUUUUUGUUACGAAUCUUAAAUCUUUGUUCUUUUGGACACCUGGGUGCUUUUGGGCUUUUAUGACUG